AUGGAAAGACUGUCUCAUGACUUAAAUCUGGCGCUUGAAGAAAGUAACUGCGGCCGGCAGGAGCGGCGGAAACUUGGACUGCGUCGCCGCACCAGGUCCGCCGGGAAUCUGCGGCCACGCAACAGCUUCUGUUAUCCAGAGAAGAAUGCAUUCUGUGGUAAGAGAAAAUGGUCACACAGGGAUAAGAGUGACGUUUGUGAGAUGAGGGAGAGAUCAUUCAGUGGUGGCUGCUCGUCCAAAUCGGCGUUCUUUAAGAACGACAUCAAAUCCAAGAAGCAUGAGACAGACAAGAAGAGAAGAGAUGCAGUCCUGCAGCCAGGCAGUUCAAGCUUUAACUUUGUCUACAAGAACCCCUCGAAGAACGGCACACCGGUACUCUCCAAAAUGACCGGAUACCGCAUAGCGACCGACCUGCCGCCAUUCUUUGGCCCUAACGGCAGGAGCUGUUCAGACGUGAAGUACUACAGGAGGUCCAAAAUGCUGAACAAGAACCACUCGUCCAAUUCGCUGAGGAGUCAGCUACAGUUUGAGGACUCCAAUAGCGGCAUGGACUGCACGGGCAACGAGAGCAGCUCGCUCAGCAGCAGCGAGUCCGACGGCGUCGUGACGAACGACAGCGAUAGAGAGGGCGACGACGAGCUCACGGACUGGCCCGGCAUCGAGGAGCUGAAGGUGUUCAACAAGAGCCUCACCUUCAAAUCUUCGAAGGUCAACAACAACUGCACCAAGUCGGUGAGCAACAUGCCGCCGCCGAAACGGCUUAAGAAGGAGAGCUUCAGCUGCAAAGGCGGCUGGGGCAGCUGCAAGAACAGGUUCAAGAAGAAGAGGCCGAAGGUCGACUCGGGAAACGACGACGACGCCAUGAUGUCGGAUUCGAGGACGGUCGUCGAUCUGGAGGAGGGGACCCCGCCGAAAGGGAACCGCGACAUACUACAGCCGCACCCCUCUUUCUCGAGCUUCAGCGACAUCAAGAACGCCGGCGUGACGGCCGAGAAUGCGAACGAGACGUUUUUUCAUUCCUUUCAGGCGUUCAAAGAGAAGUCGGAGCGGGACGAGGGGGCGUUCGGCCAAACGCCCCGCACGAACUUCACUCUGCAGAAGACGUCGUCGAGCGACCUGAACGCGAGCGAGAGGUCGCCGCAAAGCGACCACUAUUGCAGCGAGCACUCGAUGGGCAACGCGCCGGUGACCGAAGUUAGGGAAAUCAGGGCCGGCUGCAGGCGGAUAAGGGAAGAGCGGCCCGGCUUCCUCAUAUUGAGCGCCGCGAACGAACAACUGUCCAAGUUCCUACAGGACUCCUGUCAGACGGAGCUCAAGUUGCCCAGUUUCAACGAUCCCGAAGAGAAGGAGAAGCUAGAGUCUUUAGCUAAGCUAUACUCCUUGGAGUUACAAGUGGAGAUGGGAAGGCCGAUAUUGAGGAAGACUAGCAACACCAUGCAGGCGAUACGAGUUGAACAUUCCUAUAAUAACUUCCCGUCCGAUCACAAGCGCAGAUGUUAUGGAGAAGAUGUGGACUCAAGUUUGAGCCUCAGUGAUCACAAUUCUGUAAACUCAGCAAAUGACUUAGAAGAGGACAAUUGCGACACUCUGGAUGGCCAGAAAGUGGACACUACACAUAAACUGGCUGAGACCUUCUCUCGGACCCUAGUGGAUAAUUCCUUACUGGACCCUGGUGAUGUUGAU